AUGUCCGAUAACCCAGAACCACCACCAGAGCACAGCACCCCUGACAAAGAGGGCUCAGAACCAACAGCAGAAAGCACGCAAGCAAAAGUGAUAUCCGAAGUCAACAACCGCCUCGCAGAAGCCGAAGCAGCGGGAGUAUCCGCGACGUCCGCGCGCCAACGAGCCGACGAGACCUCGGAUCCGGAAGAGAAGAAAAAGUUGCUGCAGGAGGCGGACAAGCAGGACAAGAAGUCCAAGAGCGCGAUUAAGACCGCGCAGAGGCUGCAGAGCGGCGUGUGGCAGGGGGGCGCUUCGGGU